ACAACUUGUUUUAGUAUAGUAUGUGGUCAGUAUAGGUUUUCAGAGCAAAGUAAAAACGAUCAGGUUGAUGGAUGAGCAGUUUGUUAAGACCAUGGCCAUGGUGGCUGGUGGGCUGCUAGCUGGUGUCGCUAUCACUAAGGCUACCUCUGCUCUUUCUGACAGUACUGAAGAAGACGUACUGAGGAAUGCAGGGUUUCCGAAACAGAUACCCUCUUACAACGAUAACAGUCCUGACUUCACGAGGGGAUAUCAGUUUGUCAUUGAUAUCACGAGUAUCAUGGAUAUUGGUACAGCAGGUUGGAACGUGUACGUGGAUAAGACUCUUCUGGACGAUGUGCACAAAAUGGAGCAGGACAUUGCAGAAAUGAAAUGUUCAGAGGGCCAUGUGGUUGCUGUGUUGGGGCUCUUCAAGAGAGGUAAGACCCACUUCUUAGCCCGACUCUGUGGAGCGAACUUUAAAACGGACGUGUUCCAACAUACCAGAGGUAUCAGUAUCAAGUUACCAGAAACAGGAGGGAAGUUGAAUCUGUACGUGGUGGACAGUGCCGGCAAGCAGACUCCUGUCAGUAUCGGACCAGGUGAGUCAAUGGAGAGUAAGCUCCGACACAGAAGAGCAACUGAGGCCUUUAUUGAGGACUGUAUUGUACACAUGGCUAACACUAUAUUGGUGGUCGUCAAUCAGCUCCAAUAUAUGGAUCAGGUUUACAUUCUAGCGCUACUUAAAAAGCUAAAGCACAGCACUGUGAUCGUAGUGCACAACUUCAAAGAUGCAGAAGAGUUAGAUGACUUGCAGAGCAUGAUAGACUCUGACAUUAAAGGAGCGUUCGACGCGUCGGAGCGGUCCCAGAUUGUGCAACUGAGGGGGAGUGCCAAGAAUCUUGAUGUUAAGUUUUACAAGAGCAUACGGUAUUGUGACGGAUUGUUACAGCGGCCCCUACUCCACGUGGUACUGGGACGGGACGGUAAACCAGCCGGUAACCUCGUCAACCCUGGAACUUAUCAGUUAGUCUACAAUUGGCUCACUUCCGACUUCAAGAACAUGGCUAGCAGUAUCAACAUAUUGGACUCGGUGGUACAGUUUGCUAACAACACCCUGCCCAACUAUCUCAACUAUAGGAGCAGGAAGAGUAACCUCAUUACUCUACAGGAAGGAUCAGACGACACCUCCCAAGGGCCUGCGUACAGGAUAGUGGGAAGGGAGCUGGGACCUGUUACCCUUCACUCUAACCUUACCUUCGCUGAGAGUGGGGCGCUCCUGCACCAUGAUAAAUUACCCAGCAAAUACCACGCCACCCACACAAUUAAAGAGAACGCAGACUACGUGUUUGUACACAUAGACGCUCCGGGUACAAUAAACUUGAGGGUGGAGAUAAUCAACAACAACACCGAACUCAGAGUGCGGGGAGAAAGAACCAACACCGAGCUAAAGUACGACGUGCAGGGUUCCCACGUUGUAAGAGAUGAUAGGUUACUCGGAAUGUUCGAGAUUCUCAUACCGCUUCCUGGGAGCGGUAAUCUGACCCCAGAGAUGGACAUAGACUACCAUUACGGGGUCGUAGAAAUAAGAAUACCACGAGCUGUAAAGGAAUCUGUGGUGUUCGAAGUUGGGCCGCAGAAUAAGUUAUUCAACCGCUCGGACCUGAUGUCUCCGAUCCCCCGUACAUCUGAGUCUGACCUCACUGCAACACCAGACCGUUCUGAAGGAUCCCUGCACGAGUCCCGUGCUAGCCAGGUGACUUCCUCAAAUUCCAGCCACACGAUCAACCACGUGGAAUAUCCUACCAGUAACGGAUCAUCAGAUCACAUGACAACGCACGAGAACGGAUUGAACCGACACGUGCAAUCUCUUAGCAACGGUGAUAACCUUACGUCUCCUCCUCCUGUUCACAGAACAACCCUGUCUUCUAGUGAUCCGAUGCUUACUGGCUUCAAGGAGAUCCAGGAAGACAACCGUGCAGAUUCUGUAAGGUCCUUCUCAUAAGAAACCCGAGUAGCUGUUCAAGUGUUGACGGUUAUUACUAGAAUAGUGAAUAAAUGUCACCUGUUCACAUCUAAACUUCCAAAGAAUUGAUAACGAAGAUGUGAUCGAAUAUUCUCAGUUCGAUUCCUUUUGUUCAUUAUCAUAAAAUUGUAAAUUGACUUUAAUAGGUACUGAAUGAGCGUGGACCCGAACAUAAAUUUACACAGUUAUUGUAUUUAUUGGGCGGUGGAUUAGUUCCCCGACCAUUCCUGACCAUUUUGUUUACUGUUUAGAUUAUAAAUUAUCUGUUUUUGUUGUUACCUAGUUCUAGAUAUAAUACUCUUGAGUUGAUGCAAUUUUGAAGAUAAUUUAUACCUUAAAUUAGUAUUUGUGCUAUUUAUUUUACCGAGUUUUGCUUCUUUUGAAGUUUUCAUCAUUGCUUUUUACAAAUUUGAUAAAAUUCACGUUAGAAAGCUCAAUGUAAGUGAAUAUACAAUUUUCUAAUUCGAUUGUGCAAUGAGAGAUUUUUUAAAGCGUAUGAUAUUUUAGCAUGAUUAAUGAUAGUUAGAUAUUACAGAAAUGAGCAGAUAGGAAUGUGUUUACAGUCGAUUUGGUUGAAUUUAUGAAUUAUGUUUAACUUAAUCAAACAACGUAGAAAAAGUUCUUCUUUCUUUACGUGUUCGCCAUUUUCUGUUUACUGUAUAGGGAUUGGAAAUAUUGAUUGACAGCAAAUUUAUGAAAACGAACUCAAUAAGUUGAUUCAUCGCUCAAAAUCAAAUUAUGGAUUGACAAUAAUAAGGCUGAAAUCUUGAAGCAGCCACGAGAUUCUAAGUUAAAGUAAGUAUAAUAAAAUAUGAUUGAAGAUAAACACAAGAACAGUGAGAUUUCCAUUUGUAAAUAUAUUCUAAAUAAUCAUGAUCUAAUUUAUUAUCUCGGUUUUUUGUGA